AUCUAGCUUUAGCACCAACUAGUUUAAUGAGUAAAAUUCCUAAAAGUUAUUGCCAACAUAAUAUAAUUGAAUUUUGUCAUCAUCAAAUUUGUGCCUUGACACUCCAUUAAAAAAUAAUAAUAAUAAAAAAACUUCUAAAACAUGAUUCAAUCCAAGAUUUCAAUAAGCAUAUAUAUGGUGUUAAAUGUUGAAGUUCUUGAAUGGAAUACUUGCACUUUGUAAGGAAAAUGUUCUCUUGCUUACAGGUCCCAGAAAUAUGGAGAAAACCUUAUAACGAAGGCUACGAGCAAUGCAUCUCCAGACCAAAAGAUAAAAUAAGACCUGCAACUUCAACCUCGAAUGGCUAUCUCAUAGUUCAUGCCAAUGGCGGACUGAAUCAAAUGAGAAUAGGAAUAAGUGAUAUGGUGGCAGCGGCUAAGUUAAUGGAUGCAACACUUGUUCUUCCCCAUUUAGAUCAUGAUUCUUUCUGGAAAGAUUCAAGUGGUUUCAAAGAUAUUUUUGACUGGAAGCACUUUGUGAAUACAUUGAGAGAGGAUAUUGAGAUUGUAGAAUCUCUACCACACAAAUAUGCUGGAAUCAAACCACUCAUUAAGGAGCCAAUCUCCUAUUCCAAGAGCCCGUACUAUAGAGACUUUGCCAAAAUUUUAAGGAAACGGAAGGUGGUGGUAUUCAUAAAGACCGAUUCUCGAAUUGCGAACAAUGGACUUCCUCCGUCGAUCCAGAGGCUCCGAUGCCGGGUUAACUAUCUGGCACUGAGAUACACACCACAGAUUGAAGAGCUUGGGAAGGAACUGGUUGAUAGGCUAAGAAAUGGAAGCAAUCACUACAUUGCACUGCAUUUGAGAUAUGAGAAGGACAUGCUUGCAUUCACUGGUUGCAGUCACAACCUUACAAAGGAGGAGGCAGAAGUUCUUCAAUUAAUGAGAUACCGAGUGAAGCAUUGGAAGGAAAAGAGUAUAAAUGGUGCAGAGAGGAGAAUUCAAGGAGGGUGUCCAUUGACACCGCGAGAGGCUGCUUUAUUCUUAAAAGCCAUGGGAUAUCCAUCAACAACCAACAUCUACAUAGUUGCUGGAGAAACUUUUGGACGCAACAGCAUGGCUUCUUUAAAGAAAGAGUAUCCCAACAUUCAUACACAUAAAAGCUUAGCAACAGAAGAAGAGUUGAGACCAUUCAAACCAUACCAUAACCGGCUUGCUGCAAUCGACUACAUUGUAGCCCUAAACAGUGAUGUUUUUGUGUAUACCUAUGAUGGUAAUAUGGCGAAAACGGUGAAAGGUCACAGAAGAUUUAAAGGAUUCCUUAAAACCAUAAAUCCUGACAGGCGGAAGAUAGUGGGAUUGAUAGAUAAGUUGGACAAGGGCACCAUAACAUGGGAGAAAUUUGAAGAUCAAGUUAGAAGGAACCAUGCUAGAAGACUUGGAGGACCAUACGAAAGGCAAGCUGGACCCACAUCAAAGCUAGAAGAAAAUUUUUACGCAAAUCCUAUUCCUGGUUGCUUGUGCAAAAAACUACACUGAUUCAUCCUUGAAUGACUCAAUCAAAGAUAGAAAGAAGUCUAUAAGAAGAUUCUCGAUUUUCUGAGACUAAACACAGCAUAAAAGGCACAACAAAGCCAUUGCAGAAAAAACUGAUUCUUCAGGUAAAAAUCCAGAUCAUUGCAACACUCAUGGAACUGAUUGCACAAGCAUGUAUAGAUUUCGUCAUUCUUGGGUGAUAAGGAAAGGCCAAGAAAAGAAAAUUAACAAACCGUGGUACAGCUGGAGAUGGGAUGACAGAAAAAGGAAAUAAGGACCAAAAUCUUCCACUUUUUUUUGUUUAGCCACAGAGUAAUAGAGCUUAGUUACUUUUUUCUCUCCUAAUUCAUUUAAAUAUAUAGUUUACCCAGCAUUUGAUUCUUGAAAUCAACCACUCAUAGUAAUUAUUCAGUUAAUAUUCUUUGAGUACACCUGGAGACUUUUUAAAAUAAAUACUCAAUAUCUCCCUAUGUGCAAUUCGAUCUGUAUCUACUUUUAUACCCUCUCUUAGUAGCUGGAUCAUGCAUACUUAUUUGUAAUUUGACUCUACUACAUACAUAAAUUAAA